AUUGCUUUUGUUGACAAUUCAAAUAUUUAAAAAAUUAAGGUUUCUCUCCCGCCUGAAUUCAGAUGUGGCCUAUUGGGGGCGAGCAUAACUACUCUGCCAGCAUGGACUACGGGAAGAACGUGGUGAACAUCUUUCCCAGCGUGGAGAUGAUGGUUGUCUUCAAUGGCGAUGUGACGCGGUCCAAUAAGCGGGCUUGUUUACUGUACGCGGAGAAAAUGGAUUUCAAGGAGCUGCUACAACUCCGUUUGGCUGAAAAAUCCGAUCAGCGGCGGAUGUACAUCACCACCGUAGAUAGCGCCUCAUUUCAGGAUCUCAAACAGGAUCAAUCUCUAAAUGUUACAUUUUCGGGUUUCAUGGAUAAUGUUGUACGCAUGCUGAAGGACUGCCAAUCGGGAAAACUGGAGCUGCAUCUGUCUGAAAGGGAUCCAAACCUCUCCUCUGGCAGAGAAGGUCACGACUUCCACCUGCAGUUUGUGGAAAUACGCUCCUUUAAAAACCUGGUGCACCUAAGCCUGCCCUGUCGUUCUGCUCCCUUGAACACAGUACUAUUUUAUAUAAACAUCAUGCUAGAUGCCUCCUACAAGAAGCAAUUCACUAUGGAGCAGAGUAUUCAACAAAUGCAGGUGGAAAUCAACUCACAACGUUCUCACACGGAGAGAUUGAGCACCGAAAACAACACUCUCAGAGAUGCUUUGGCUGAAAAUACUCGCAUUUUAGAGGAAAAGCAUGCAGCAGAGAUCCAGCAAUACCAGGAAAAGCUAGCCAAGGUAAACGAGCAGCGCAGCAAUGAGUUAGACAGAAAUCGUAGAGCGAUCUCUGGCAUCCAAGCCCAACUGGAAAAGAUUUCCCUGGAAAAAGCUGACUUGAAAUCAGGCCAAGAGCUAACUGAGAAGCGAUGUCAAAGCUUAGCAGACGAGUUAUCCUGCUGCAAGACUCGGGUAUGCACUUUAAAAGAGCAAAACGACAAACUGCACACAGAUAUAGCCAAUGCUAGAAAACAGGAGCGAAAGUUGGAGUACAAGAUCGAGGACCUUAAACAGCACACUGCCGAGCUGCAGGAAAAUAUACAAAAGGGGAAUAAGGAAAAGGCCAACAUAUCCGCUGAACUGGAGGCUGAAAAGAAGAUCUUGCACACGAAGCGCCAAGCUUUAGAAAUGGCCUCUGAGGAAAUCUCCAAGGCCAAUCAGAUAAUCCUCAAGCAGAGCCAGGAAUUGCUGAAUCACAAGAAAACCAUUGCCUGGCGCACUGAAGUGGCUUUGCAACAAGAGAAGGCCGUACAGGCAAAGGAGAGAAUGUUAUCACUGCGUGAGGAUGAACUUCGUGAGGCACGUGUAACCAUCGAAAAACUGCGGGAGGAAAUCCCUUUGCAACUGCAAUCUAUGCGUAACUUUGCUGAGGCACUAGAGCAAAAGUAUUCCAAGCAGAUCCUCAUCCUAAAAGAUCGCUUAUCAAUACCCUCUGGCAAGGAAAAUCGGCGAUAAUCAUACCUAUUGUUAAUGCAUUUAUCGUUUUUUGUACAAGUUUAGUAAAGUUAGUUGUAUUGUUCGA